AUGGAUAUUUCAAGUAAUCCAAGUUCAAGAAGUGACAAUGUGACUCCUAAUGCGGGAUCUUCCACUCCUAAUACUGAAACUUCCACUCCUACACCCACUUCUUCAUUACGUACCAAAACUGAUCCUGCAUGGGCACAUAUUGCAUACAAAAAAGAGGGGACACAGAAUAUAUAUACUUGUUUUUUCUGUGCUAAUAGUUAUAGAGGAGGUGGGAUAAAUAGGAUGAAUCAACAUCUUGCUGGUAUCACUGGUCAAAUAGCUUCUUGUAAGAAAGUUCCACAUGAUGUACGGCAUAGAAUGUCAGAAUCUUUGAAAGAAUCUUCAAAAAAAAAAACUGUUGAAAACUUAGAAGAGGAUGUUGAAGAAACCCAUGUUGAUCCACAAAUUAUCAUGAGUACUUCGAAGAAGAGGAAAGCUAGUGGGAGUAUGGACAAUUAUUUUGCUCCUAGGACAACCCCUGAUUCCCAACCGGGUAUUAAAAGUGCAUUAGCAACUAAAGAAGCAAAACAUAAUGUGAAAAUGUUGAUUGCUGAAUGGGCUAUUGUGAACUGUAUUCCGUUUAAAGCAUUUGAUUGCCCUUUAUUUCAAAAAGAUGUGGAUGGAAUUGCUUCAAUUGGGCCUGGGUUUAAAGCCCCUAGUGCUUAUGAUUUCAAAACCAAUUUAUUGGGUGAUUGGAAAAAAGAAUGUCAGUUGCUGAUUGAUUGUCAUCGAGCUAAAUGGAAAAACAAUGGCUGCACACUCAUGGCUGAUGGAUGGACCGAUGUUAGACAACGCACUUUGAUAAAUUUCUUAGUGUAUUCUACACACGGUAUGGUAUUUGUGAAAUCUGUUGAUGCAUCAGAUCUAGUCAAAGAUGCUAAAACUUUAUUUACACUAUUCUGUGAAGUCAUUGAGUGGAUUGGUCCUAAGAAUAUCGUUCAUGUAGUGACUAACAAUGCAGCCAACUAUGUAGCAUGUGGCAAAUUGAUUAAGGAAAAGUAUAAAAGCAUUUAUUGGUCUCCUUGUGCUGCUCAUUGUUUGAAUCUUGUAUUGAAAGACUUUUCCAGCAUGCCUCAUGUGUCGGACCUUGCGUCAAAGGCAUCAAGAAUAACCAUCUUUGCAUACAAUCAUAUGGUUUUCUUAUCCUGGCUGAGAAAAAGACCGAGCUGGAAAGAAAUUGUGCGUCCUGGUGCCACAAGAUUUGCUACUACAUUUAUUACAUUGCAUAGCAUAUAUAUGCACAAAAAUGACUUGCAAGCUUUGGUUGUUGAUAAGCAUUUUGUGGACCACAAAUUAUCCAAGACCGAAGCAGGAAAAUUUUUUAGUGCAAUCAUAUUAGAUAACCGGUUUUGGAAUGACUGUUAUGAAGUUGUAAAGAUUGUAUCUCCUUUGAUAAAAUUAUUGCGAAUUGUGGAUUCAGAUGAAAAACCUUCAUUGCCUUAUGUUUAUGAGGGCAUGCGAAGAGCAAAAAUGACAAUUAAGGAGAUGUUUAAGAAUAACAAGGAGAUGUAUAAGCCUUAUACAAGAAUUAUCCAAGCUCGAUGGGACAAGCAUUUGAAAACCAAUCUUCAUGCAGCAUCAUACUUGUUAAACCCUGCAAUCACAUAUGGUCCAGACUGUCCUAGCAAGUCAAAAUUAAUGAUGGCUUUGAUUGAUGUGGUGGAGUCUUAUUCAGAUGAAGAUGUUGAUGGCUUUAUGGUGAUGAAACAAGCAACCACUUAUCGUGAAGGCAAAGAAUCUUUCAGUAGACCCUCAUGUCAAAAAGCUGCACAAAAAUUAGACCCUUAUGAGUGGUGGACAUAUUAUGGUUGUUCAGUUCCAGAAUUACAGCGCGUUGCAAUGCGUAUUCUUAGUCAAACUUCUGCUUCUUCUGGUUGUGAGAGGAAUUGGAGCUUAUUUGAGAGAAUUCAUACAAAAAGAAGAAACAGAUUGGAACAUAGCAGGCUGAAUGAUUUGGUUUUCACAAACUAUAAUUUGCGAUUGAAGCAUAGGAAUACAUUGAAAAAAGAAAAAAAUUAUGAUCCAAUUGACUUUGAAAAUAUUGACAUGGUGGACUUUUGGGUGACUGAAGAAGAUCCCACCCCUGAGUUUGAUGAUAGAGAUGUGGCUACAAUUGAAAGUGUUCUUAACAAUGAAGGCACUGCAAAUUCAACAACUUUUGAGAGGGAUAAUGAAGGCGAUGAAGAUAUGGACAUUGCUGAUCCUCCACCUUUGCACGAUGAUACUGUUACUCCUACUUUUCCUUGCCCAACUGAUGAUAUCUUAGUCCAUGCUCCUACCAAUGAUCUUAAUGAUGAUUUUGAUUUUGUAUAG